UUCUUUGGUCCUACAGGUCACAUGGUGAAUGGAUCCGCCCGCUUUCCAAUCUACCGUUUGUGGAGCACUUGCUGGCGACGUGUUGACGUCCAAGGGAGUAAGGAGCGGGAGAUGAUUGUGGGGGCCCGGUGCUUUGGGGGUUCUUUACCUGAAGGGGAUUUACCGUUAUUGAAAAUGGUUAUAGUUGGAUGGACAAUGUUUGAAAGGCAAACUUGAUUUGCCACCUCUUACGCUUGACAGGGAAAAACUAGUUCCAGCAAGUGUGCUGCUGGAAGGAUGGCCACUUCGUUUGUUCCUGUGCCUUUACCAGUAGGGAAUUCAUCUUCUGGAACAGCUACAAGUAGAAGUCGUAGAAGCUCUUCACUUCAGUCUUUGGACAGUGUAUCCAGUUCAAAUUCGUCAAAAGGUCAAGUUGCCGAUUUGCAUUCUGGUGGAUUUAGAAAGACAGUUACCUCUGAGCACCUAGCUUCCACAAACUUGACAAAUAAUAGUCCUUUACUACGAACUAAGCUCAAUGGCGUAAACUCAUCUAUUGAAUACUCUUCUAAACCUCUGGAGUCUGAGAAAGAAACUGAAUCAACAAACUGGGAAGAGAGACCUGCUACACCUACUAUGUUGGGAUAUGAAGUUAUGGAAGAAAGGGCGAAGUUCACAGUUUACAAGAUACUUGUGAAAAAUCAUCUAGAUGAGAACUGGGUGGUUUUUAGGCGUUAUACAGACUUUUCACGCCUGAAUGACAAGCUGAAGGAGAUGUUUCCUGGCUUUCGUCUUGCACUUCCUCCCAAACGUUGGUUCAAGGAUAAUUAUGACCCUAACUUUCUAGAAGACCGACAAUUAGGACUGCAGGCAUUUCUGCAAAAUCUUGUAGCGCACAAAGAUAUUGCCAACAGCACUUCAGUGAGAGAGUUUUUAUGUCUGGAUGAUCCACCAGGCCCCUUUGACAGCCUAGAAGAGAGUAGGGCUUUCUGUGAAACAUUGGAAGAAACUAACUACAGACUGCAAAAGGAACUUGCUGAAAAACAGAAGGAAGUUGAGGCUUUGAAGAAAUUACUGGAAGAAAAACAUCUUCAUAUAGAAGUUUUAGAAAGUAGAGUAAGGGAAAUGUCCUUGGAACAGGAGAAAACACGCAGACCCUCUGGGCAGGAGAGUGAAUGUAGUGGAGAAGUUGAGUCUUCUGCAGUAGAAGCUGACCAAGCUGUGUUAGAGCAUAACAGUUCUGGAAUGGAGUCUGAUAAAGAACAAGCUGGAGUCUCCUGGAACAACCCUGUAACUGAAAUAUAUCCACCUGUGGAGGAAGCCCAAGCUGCAGAAGAAGACUGAUAGAACACCCAGCUUUAGCAUUUGUUAGUGCUGACAAUUAUUCUUGGUAAUAUAUUGCAAUAGCUGUAGCUGGAAUACAGCUCAAAGCUAUGAAUCAACAUGGUUUCUACAAUUUGUGUAUGUUUUUAGAAUUCAUUGUUCCUGAAAUAGCCAAGGGAAUUGCUCUGUCUAAAAAUAAAUAUUUCAAUAUAUUUUUUGCCUGAUGCAACAAAGUAGAUUCUAUUGCAAAAAACAGAUUUAGUAGGCCCUGAAUUUUGCAAAUUUGUGUGCUUGUAGUACUUGCAGACUAUUUCUCUGCAGAUGAAUUGGGCUGAUUCUAUGGUGAAGCCAUUCAGUUUUAUUUGUACAAUAAUUUUUUCUGUAAGCUGCAUUCAGUUUCCAUCCAGAAAUAUAGACAUGGAUAGUUUGGUUAAAAUGCAUUACUGUAAAUUCAAGUACGAUGACCAUUUCACUAAUCAAGCUGUAGUUACCGAGCAGCAUCAAAGCCAAUUUUUUUCCUGAUGUUAACUAAACUGAACUUUAAAUAUUCCACAUUAUGUUUACUUUUUAAUGUCAUUGGGUUUCUCAAAAAAAAUAAUGGUUUGAUUGGGCAUCACUGUGGCUUAGGUGAAAGCAAUUGAGCCUUAUUUAAGCUGCACAAAUUGUUUUAUCUAAUUGACAGCACUUAAUCUCAUUUAGUUUUGUUCCCAAAAUUUGUCUGUUAAACAGAUUUUUGUUUAGAUCAGAAGCCAAAAUGUACCUGUUAAUUUUGUCAGUUUUACAACUAGCUGAAGUCAUAAUCACAGUGGGGUUUUUGCUGUCCUGUAGAAUAUGACACAGUAAUUUACAAUUUAUGACCAGUUGUGACUGUUCACUAAGCCAUGGCGUAGACUAUGCAUUUGAAUUUUGUCAAGUUUCAUUGGCAAAAGAUAUUUUAGUUUUUGAGAUGCCUUUUUAUGUUAUUACAAUCAAAAUUGCAUGUCUUGAUUGCUCCAAGUGCCUUGUUUUUCUAGAUUUGCAAGAGAUGUAACAUGUCAGUUUUUACUUAACAUAUAUCUGUUACUGAUAGUCUGUAGCAUGUGUUUGGGUUAUGAAGUUUGGAUGAUGUAGGUUUUUUGAAUAUUUAUACCAGAACUGCGUGAUUUCAUAUUAGGAAUCUUUUAAUUUAUGCUAGUAAUUCUAAGUUCUGUAGCCCCUAAAGAUGAAAGUUAACUGAUUGGAUGCUUUUAACUUUCCGCUUGCAUUAAUGUUUGGUCAUGUGUAGGUAUAUAUUUGUGUGAUGUGCCAAAUUUAUGGAGAUUUUAUGCAUGACUUAAAUUGCAGCAUAUUACGACGGGGCUACCCCAUCACAUCAAGAACUUUUGUGCAGAAAGAAAUACAGCUUUCUGAAAAGGGGAAACUUAUGGGAUUUAAUUUGCAUGGUUGCAUUUGUGGAAAAAUGUUUUUUAUAAAUAAAGUUUUUUCCCAUUUA